AUAAGAGAUGAGUCUCCUUGGUGAGCGAGUCGACCUAACGCCAUAUUUAGUUCUUCCUGGCAAAAAUUACUGGCCAGGAAAUGUUUCCAGGCAAGUACUUCGACCAACGCCUAUCUUUGAUGCAAUCAUCACUGAUCCUCCUUAUGGAGUCCGUGAAGGUGUUCGCAGUCAAAUAUCUGAAAAAGAACUUACUGAGAAUAGAUCAGAAGCAGAUCUUGGUUAUCCAUCGAUACACCUUGGACGGUUAUCAGAUAUUAUACUAAGUUUACUGCACUUCUCGUCACAGUAUMUCUSUUUAAAUGGUCGGCUUGUAUUUUGGUUACCUGUCUACAAACCAAGUUAUUCUGACGCCAAAGUCCCUCAUCAUCCAUGCUUUCGACUUGUGGCAAACAGCGAGCAAAACUUAUUCACGAAUAUCUCCAGACGCCUUCUAACCAUGGAAAAGACGCACGAGUACAAUGUGAGUAAAAUUUGCCUAUCUCUUUUAUUUGUGACACUUUAA